UAUCUCCAUAAAAAUAUUACCCAGUUUCACCAGCAUAAGUGAUAUAAUUACUACAACGACAUACUUUUUAUUACUGUAUAAAGUGUUACGUAAUUCUCUUGGAGAUCGUGGGGGCACAUAUGGGGCACAGAGGGGGGGCGACUGAGGCACCGUUCACCCUAUUACCCUAAUAAAAUAAUGAACAUUAAAAUGUUAUUUUAUGGUCCGUGUUACAUCAUGUUUUCUGAAGGGAAAUGUGUUAUGAUAUAACACAAUAUAUGAAUUUACUUCAUCCACCCCAGUGGACAAUAUUUCUAAGAGCGUGUGUUGAUCUGUUAAUUUACAAAAUAGUUUUCAUUCUUCGUCCUCAUAAUCUCACAUUUUAAUAUAAAUGAUCCGUUUUAAAUGAUGUCAAGCCAAGCUGUCAUGCUCUUAUUUUGUUUUCCUGUAAUAUACUGCCUAUAGCAAAAACAUCAUCAUGUCUAUGUCAGGGUGUUGGAUGGUACCCAAUGUCUGUCAGGUCCCAUCAGCUGAAGAAUGAAUCCUUAGAUGUUCUCUCAGAAGUUUUAUGUGAACCAUAAUGUGCUUGACUACAUGUAGUUUCUACACAGGCUUACGUGCCUCGUUGCCAUGUUUGUACAUGAGAUCAGGGAAGAACUAACUUUAGGUCUUGUGCCCUUUGAAGUAUGUAGCAUCAUUAACAGUCUAUCGGGUAUUACUGCUCAUGAACUUCACCACUACUCACAGAGUAAUACGAGCACUGAACUUCUUUCUGGUAUGACUGAGCCAUCUUCUUUUGUCCACCCAGUCCAAAAGUUGGAUAACACAACUACACGGUCAAAUACACAGCUGGGUGGUCAGUGGUUAGAUGUACCCUGUGGUCCGUUCAAGUCAAUCAUUACACACAGGGUACACAACUCAAGUCAGUAUCUGACCAGAUUUUUUGCAACACUGCAAGACUGCUGAGCUGGAGUGCACAUAACUGGCUUCCACAGGAACCUGCAGGCUUUAUUUCCCAUUUACAACCUUCACAGUUUCUGCUCAGACCCACUGAACUGUCCAUGGCCCGUGUUCUUUCCCUGUUCCGGCUUCAGCCUUUUCUGGCAGUAGCGAGCAAGAGAAAACUGUCAAUGGAUUCACGAGCACGUGGGGUGUUUGCAGCUGCAGUGGAAGCUGUGCAGUCAGACACCGUGGUCCGGCAGAGUAUAGAGCGCAAGGAGGACUGUGUGAUUAUUGAUGGUCACAAAUUCACACUCAAACACAACCUGCACCUGGUGGGCUUUGGAAAAGCCGUAUUGGGUAUGGCUGCAGAGGCCGAGAGGAUUGUGGGGGAUCACUUAGUGAAGGGGAUAAUAAGUGUGCCGCAUGGGAUUCAGCAGACAAUGAAGCAGCAUGGGAAAGACCAUCUGUUGUUAAAAGAAAACACUCGCAUCAAAGUAAUGGAGGGAGCCAAACACAACUUACCUGAUGCUGAUGCCGAGAAAGCAGCUGAAGGGAUCAAGCAGUUAGCCAGUGAACUGACAGAGAAAGACCUGCUACUUGUACUGAUUUCAGGUGGAGGCUCUGCAUUAUUACCGGCGCCCAUCCCACCAAUCUCGUUGCAAGAGAAGCUGGAUGUUACCCGCAAACUUGCAGGUGCCGGUGCCACAAUUCAAGAGCUGAACACAGUGCGACGCGCCCUGUCUUCCUUAAAAGGUGGAGGGCUUGCACAUUGUGCUCACCCUGCCCAGGUGAUUGCCUUGAUAUUGUCUGACGUAAUUGGGGACCCUCUGGACUUGAUAGCCAGCGGCCCCACGGUGCAGAGUGACAUCUGGCCUGAAGAAGUUUUGUCAGUCCUCGAGCGUUACAAGCUGUUGAACUCUCUACCUUCCUCUGUAAAGGAUGUACUUGAGAGACCAAAUACCCAAGGACAAAAAGAUGAGUCUAAGACAUCAGGACAUGUUCUCAAUGCUGUGAUUGGCUCCAACAGCAUUGCCCUCAAGUGUGCAGGUCGCCGGGCUCGAGAGCUAGGUUUCCGCCCUGUAGUGCUGGCUCCAGGAGUGUGUGGUGAUGUUAGGUCAGUAUCCAGACUUUAUGGCCUUCUGGCCCGCUUUGCCUGUUCUCCAGAGGAACCUCCUCCAGAGAUUGCUGCUGAGGUGCUGAGGCUGGGGCCUGAAGUAGGUGUGGAGAGCUGGGACCUCUGCCGCACUAUGAAGGUUUUGGAAGAUGGCCGUACCGAAGGAUGGGGUGCCACGUGUCUGUUAGCUGGAGGUGAGCCCACAGUGGAGCUGACAGGUAUGGGUCGAGGUGGCCGAAACCAGGAGCUGGCUCUGCGAGUGGGACAAGAGCUGAGAGGCCUGGAGCUCCCACCUAAAGGUCCUGUCUUCCUGAGCGGUGGAACUGAUGGUCAAGAUGGACCCACUGAGGCAGCGGGAGCCAUCACUGAUGCUGGGUUGUGUGAAGAGGCAUAUGCACAGGGGCUGGAUGUUGACAGCUUCCUUAGCAACAAUGAUUCUUACACAUUUUUCUCACGUCUUUCUGCUGGGCAGCGCUUACUUGUACCAGGCCUAACCUGCACCAAUGUGAUGGAUGUGCACAUGUUACUUAUUCCACCAAUUCCCAUAAAAAUAAGAUAAUUCCAAGUCCAGGGAAUCUGGAUAAAUAAAGUGCUAUGACCACAGAGUACAAGAGUGGAAUAAAAAGAAAGAAAGCCACCAGUUUUUGUUGGUUUCAGCUUACCAGAUAUGUUGAUUUUUUUUUUACCCAUCCUUCUUUGCAAAACAGAACUUUUAAGUGACACGGAAACAGAAUGAACACCAGUUUUUAUAUCUUGCUUAAAACUACGACCUGAUCUGAGGUGUAGAUGCUGACUGCUCCUGUAUUUUGUGGCUCUCGCCCCCACACCAAAAACCACAAGGAGCUGUGGUUACUGAUAAUUUGUGGUACAGCCCAGGUCUUUCCCUGGUAGAACUGGUGAAGCAUUGUGGUGAAAUAUGUUGUGGUAAAGACAGUGUCUUCCUUCUCAAAAACGACAGUGCAAACUGUUCCACCCUCAAUAAUAUUCAGUUACUUAUAAAAUCCUUUGCUUAAUCUUCAUGAUGAUAUUUUUGCCAAGCAAUUGAUUAACUAGGUGUUAGUCAUUUUAGAUACAUAGGGUGAACUCAUCACCUUGGUUACACACAGGUGAUUUUUGAAUUGUGCACUUCAGGUGCGUCUUAAACAGGGUGAUUGUGCUUGAUUAAUCAAUUAUUUUAUAUUAAUACCUAAUUUUGUUAUUACAUUUUUUAAAUUGAAUCACAAGGGGUGAAUACUUUAGAUAGACACACUCUGUCUACAAUUAUGUGCAAUUAAAGAAAACUCGUGGAAUAUGUACGUUAUGAACUGUAUUCCAAGAGACCAGGUACAUUGUUUAUGAAAUAGCAGUGAUAGAAAUGACUCCGUCUACUACUGCAAAGAAUUGUGCUAAUGAUAACUAGUCACAUGCAUUAUUCAUUUACUUACUUAAUUUACUACUGUUGCAAUUAAGGAUUACUAUUAAAACAGUUCAUCCACAUGAUCCUGUGUCCUGUGUUGAAAAAUACUGUAUUUUUUUGGUCUCCAUACAUCAUUCAAAUUAAGCCCAUGGUCAGAAUGAUACAUUUCAUGUCUGCUAACAAAACAGUGUUCUUAAAGCCCCCUUCAUGUACACACAAAUAUUUUAAUAUUUUUCACAUUUGUACUGAGGCCUCUUUGAAAAAUAAUAAAAACAAAAAACACUGACCACUGAAGCAGAGACAUCAGCAUUUAGGUAUUUAAGCGGAGUAAGGUUGUGCCCAAUUACCAGGCCAAAAUAAAUAUCUCUGCACCAUGUAGUUGAUUUAGUGGAUAUCAGGGUGUCACUGUUGGUAUGCAUGAAAAGUGAUGACACGUUUAUUGGGACAGUCACGAGAAGGUGCGUCUUGAAGGAUGCUUCGUUAUCAGCAAAA